UACCGCGGCCGGCUGGGGGUGGGGUGGCGGCCCCCCCUUUGUGGACCAGGCUCUGGUUUGGGGGAAGGGCCACAGAGACCCCCAGGGGCAGAGUGCUCCGACAGUCUGUUCCCCAGUCCUGGACUCGGUGCACGCUAAGGUGACGCUCUUCCCAUGCUUCUGUCCCCAGCCAAGGUUCUAGCCCCGGUGGCCGUGUACCGUGGGAGUGUCCCUCGGACCAGUGCCGGGCCCCGCGCACUUCCGGGCGGAAGCAGUGACUCCAGGCUUCGGACUUAUGGAGAAGCCUCCCUCCAGCCAGCUCCGAGGGUCCUGCAAGAGGAGCCGUUGCAGCCCUUGAGUGGACAAGUGGACCCCGGCAGCCUCAAGCUGGAUGCCCCUCCAAAGGGAUGGCAGGCCAGGAAUGGCCACCCCAGGAACAUUGCUGCCUUAUCUCUGGGGCCCAACCACCCGGCACCCUUUUUGGAGUCUGAGGCCAACAGUGUGGCCCGGGACACCACCCAGAUCAAGGACAAGCUCAAGAAAAGGAGGCUCUCAGAGGGCUUGGCAUCAUCUUCCCAAGUCUCUCUGGAUCCUUUGGGAGGCCCCAGAGGAGUUCCUCUGAGGAGCUUCAUCCCCCGGGCCACCUCUCAGAGGCUGCUGAGGGUGCCCAAGCCGAUGCCCCCCAUCCAGAGCAUCCCCACCACCCCUGAGGCUGGCGGAGCCAAGGAGAAUGGCCUGGAUCUGCCUGGGAGCAGCCAGGGUCCCCAGGAGCUGAGACCCGGAGCCCAGGAGGUGCAGAUCUCCAGGCACUACCUGCACUGCAAGGAUGAGAAGAUGCACAAGUCACUGGGGGGUCUUGUGAUCCCGCCCAUCCCAAAGGCCGGGGUGCCCGCUGGGACCCCCUCCGGUGCACCUGGCUCCCUUCCCCGCCUCCUGCCUCCAGGCCAGGAUGUCCUCACGGGCCUGAGGGUCCCCCGCACAGGAUUGGUUCGGGAGAGUGGGCCUCGGGAGAAGACCCCUAAAUCUCUGGAGCCAAAACCUUCGGCUCCACCUGCCAGAGACAGGUCUGAUGCCCCCGAGAAGGCUGCCCUGCCUUCAUCUCAGUCUGCUUCUACUCUGACAACCUUCUCCUUCGGCCAUGCCAAAGAAGCCCGCCUCUUGCUCAAAGAAGAGGACCAGAGGGAGAGCAGUACCAAGAUCCAGGUCACCAUCUCCAAGUCUGCCCAGGAGAAGAUGCGGCUGAGGCAGAUGAAGGAGUUGGAGUUCCAGAGGGCACAGGAGCCGGAGAGGGAGAGGGAGCUUGCUUCCCAAAGCCUGGGCUCCCGGAGAGCCCUGGUGAAGGAAGGCCUCCUUCCCCUCCGGGGCAGUGGAACCUUGUCUGUGUCCACUGGGCUGAGCAUCCCACGCAGAAACAUGGGUGUCACCCUCAGGAAGCGGGCCAACCGGGCCUCACUACCCAGCAUCCCUGUCAGCAAGCAGGAGCCCAGCUUUGCCCGCCAUGCUUCAGCCAACUCACUCCCUGCGGUGCUUGCCUUGGGGUCUCCCGAAUGGGAAGAAGAGGAGGAGGAGAUGGCUCUCAGAGCCUCUAAGGAGCUGAGGCCUUUCUCGAACCCUGAGCUGGGGCUGAUGGAUGCCCUCCAGUGCCUCGAGAGCAGCGACUGGCAGAUGAAGGAGAAGGGCCUGGUGAGCAUUCAGCGCCUGGCGGCCUGUCAUUCAGAUGUCCUUGCUGGGAGGCUGCACGACGUGUCCUUGGCUGUGACGGGGGAGGUCACCAACCUCCGCUCCAAAGUGUCACGCCUGGCCAUCAGCACCCUGGGAGACCUCUUCCGGGCCUUGAAGAAGAACAUGGACCAGGAGGCCGAGGAGAUCACCCGCUGCCUGCUCCAGAAGAUGGGGAAUACCAGCGAGUUCAUCCAGAGAGCGGCCAACCGGUCCCUGGGGGCCAUGGUGGAGCAUGUGACCCCUGCCCGCUCCCUGGGGGCCCUCACCUCAGUGGGCAUCUACCACCGAAACCCCUUAGUCCGGAAAUGCACUGCCGAGCACCUCUCAGCCGUCCUGGAGCAGAUAGGCGCCGAGAAGCUUCUCUCAGGCACCAGGGACAGCACAGAUAUGCUGGUGCGCAACUUGGUGAGGCUGGCCCAGGACUCCAACCAGGACACCAGGUUUUAUGGCCGGAAGAUGGUGAAUGUCUUGAUGUCGAACACGAAGUUUGAUGCAUUUCUAAAGCAGAGCCUCCCGUCCCAUGACCUGCGGAAGGUCAUGGCUGCCAUUAAGCAGCGGGGAAUAGAAGACAGUGAUGGACUUCCAUCUGCCAAGGGCCGGAAGGUGUCAAGGAGUCUGGUGCUGUGUGAGAACGGGCUGCCCGGCGAGGAUGGGCUCAGUUCCAAUGGCCCUCGGCUGGCAGGGCUACGGCCCUCCAUGCACAGUGGCCCGGAGGUGGUGGAAUGGCUUCGGGAGCUGACGCGACUGCUGGAGGCCAGAGAAUACCAGUCUCGGAUGGAGGGCGUGGGGCGGCUCCUGGAGCGCUGCAAGGCUGAGCCAGAGCUUAUCACCGCCAACCUGGUCCAGGUCUUUGAUGCUUUCACCCCAAGGCUUCAGGACUCCAACAAGAAAGUGAACCAGUGGGCCCUGGAGUCCCUUGCCAAGAUGAUCCCCCUCCUCAAAGCAAGCUUACACCCUAUGCUGCUCUCCAUCAUCAUCGCUGUUGCAGACAACCUCAACUCCAAGAACUCGGGGAUUUAUACCGCCGCCACGGCUGCGCUGGACGCCAUGAUUGAGAACCUGGACAAGCUUUGCCUCCUACAAGCGUUUGCUGGGCAGGUGCGCUUCCUGAGUGGCCGUGCAGUGCUUGAUGUCACAGAACGUCUGUCCGUGCUGGUGGCCUCUGUUUACCCCCAGAAGCCCCAGGCCGUGGAGCGUCAGGUCCUUCCGGUCCUCUGGUAUUUCCUGAACAACAUGACGGGGAACGGUGUCCUGCCUGGGCAUGGCGGGAACGUCCGCGUGGCGGUGUGCCGGCUGUCCAGGGGCCUCCAGGAACAGAUGGGCUCCCGGCUGCGGCACCUGGCUGCUGGCCAGCCAAAGCAAGUCCUCAAAAUGCUCCAGGAACUCUUAGACACGGAAUCCCGGUGAGGCAGCCCCAGCCAACGUCACCGACAGAGGGGUGGCAUCUGACAGCAAGACAACUGGCAGCUCGUGCCCCUUUCGCCUGGGUUACAGACGGAUCUGAAAUGGGCAGUCAUUAUUUUUUAUCUUACUUGAUUUUUAUGAUGGAACAGUCUCCUGGCCGACUUUCUCUUAGAGUUCCAGAUGCACAUAGUAUAUUUUGAAGUAGGAAUAAAGGAAUUAUAUAUUUUUCUAA